CUAUUAUAUAACAAAAAAAAAUUUACUUUUAACUAUACCACUACCAUAUCCAAUGGCGGCAACUUUGGGUUAUUCAAAUCGAGUUUGCGUGUCCUGUAAACGCAGAAAGGUUGAAUGUGAUGGAUUGGUGCCAUAUUGCACAGCUUGUGCCAAAUCAAAACAUAACUGCCAAUACACUUCUUGUUCUCCUUCACAAUCUUUGAUUUACGAUGUGGAUAAAUUUAUUAAUACAAGCAUCGAUUGUAAUGGCAACGGCAAUAAUGAUAGUAUUAAUAAUAACGAACACUUUUUAAAUGAUAAAUUACGAUUGGAACAACCUCAUCAAAGAAUUUCUGAUGAAUUUCAUCCUUGUUACUCUAAUACUACAAAGAACGUUGGAUUCUCUGGACCAAUAUGGUUACCAGAUGCAUUUGGAUUCAAUUCUCAAAAACAAAAUGACGAUAAUUUAGAGGACUUUCAUAACAAUAACAUUAAUUCAAUUUACAAUCAAACGUCGGAUAAUAAUAAUUGUUGCUUUGAUUCACCACAACAAACAUUACAACAACCUCAAUUAUUACAAUUACCUCUUCAAAUCAAUACUUCUGUGACUUCCCCCGAAAUUCAGGUUACCCCUGAUCAUGGCAAAGACUGUGACAAUAACAUUCCUUUAUAUCAAUCCAAUUAUUAUUUGCAACCAACUCCCAAUAUAAUAAAUAAAAAUUCAACUCUUUCCACUAUUGCAAAGUUACCUAGUGGCAAAACCAUUACUAUUUAUAUACCUGAACUUGAAAAGGCACAAAGACUUCUUGAAAACAACACAAAUCCAGAUUUACCACCUGCCCAACUACUUUUCUAUCUUACCUUAUUAAACGAACUCGCACAACAAACUCCUGAUUUUAAUAUUAAUAAUGCGGAAUUCGCGAAAACAAAUAUGGACUCAAUUAAAUAUCCAACUCGAAAGUUGGAUAUCGAUAUUGAUGGUGGCGGUGGCAUUAGAAGUGGUGAUGGAAGAAUAACCAGCAUCAAAUGA